UGCUUCAGGGUCCAACAUCACAUGCAAGAACGUGGAGUACACGUGGGGGCCCCCAUGACAAUGACGCGCUUCAGCAAUUCCGAGCGACCUCGGCCAAACCGCGUCGAUCUAUUUUCGCUUCAACCUUCCACAGACUUGACAACGCGACAAAGGAAUUGUUCUCGGGGACUUAAUUGCGUGUUGCGAGGGAAAACUCAAUUCUAGACAAAGAUGGAGGACUCACAUCCUGCGACAACGACAAUCCCUAGCGACCGCGAUAUCCUCACCGAGCCCGCAAUACCUCCACCUGAUAAGACGCCAAAGCCUCCAAUAUGCCCUACACUGCUCCAAAGACUGCGGUUCCUCCUCCUCAGAUACCUCGCAAAAGCCGCCCGCUCAACAGACAGCACCCUCCUGCGCCUUUCAAAGCUCCUAUCCACACCCGGCGACACCGACGUCCUCCUCUGCACAACCUCCUACACGCUAACCCUCGUCCACGCCCUCCUCUCCCGCCUGCUUGAGAAGAAACUAGCAAACGUCGCCGUCGACAUAGCCGAGAAAGCAAACGGCAUCCUCCUCCCCGGCGAAACGCUCAUCGCAACCCUCCCCGCACCGACCAGCACAAAGCUUCUCGCCAUGACAGUCGGCAGCUCAAAAGCCAUAGCAGAUACCAUAUCCGAUUAUCGCGUCUUUGUGCGCAUGUGGAGUAUGUUGGGCCUGUACACGUGGGCGCGAGCAACCUACCUCGAGCCGCUACCCGCCGACGCAAGUAGGAAAGAGCACGUCCUACGCGGCCUAACGUGGACGGCCAUCGCGUCUUGCGUGGGGUGCCAAGUAUUCGAGAACGGCGCAUAUUUGAGCUCCAAGGGGGCUUUGACGAGCGCGCGGUGGACGGGCGACGUAGGCAAGGCCAGGGAGAAUAAGUGGUGGAUGUGGAGUUCGCAGCUGUGGGCUGCGUAUGUGGGGGUUGAGUUGGUCAGGCUGGGUGUUGCGCGGUACUAUCCAUCUCCUUCUCAGGACCUAACUCAGACUCCUCCUGGUGAUGACGGUGAGAAGGAAGAUAAGAUCAAGAUAGAAGAGAGGAUCAGCGCGGAGAAGCUGGAGAAAUGGCUAUGGUACAAGGAUCUCGUUUCUAACCUUGCGUAUGCGCCAAUGACGCUGCAUUGGUCGGUGGAAGAGGGCUUGCUGAGCGAUUGGGGGGUCGGGGCUUGUGGGAUGGUUGCUGGUGGGGCGCAGUUGGCUGAUGCUUGGAGGAGGACUGUGUAGGAUGUGGGGAAUCGUGGGCAUUGGCGGGAAGAAAGACUACCCGAGACUUUUGAAUGGCCUUUAAGUGGAUCAGAUCUGCGGAAGCCGGUUUUUUAAAACAAUGAUACCAUCUAGUUUGUUCAUUUCAAGAAAGUUAGAUAUGGACACUUUCUAUUUAUUUCCAAGCUAUUUGCAGUAUAGGUAGUUUACUGCGUUGGUAGAUUUAUAGAUGGCCAUGUGCUUAGCUUUCAGUGACAAGCCUACAGAGUGACAAGAGGACCGUUAAAUCUAUCACGUUGC